CCAAGGACUGCUAUUAAGAGCACGCUCCUCUGUACUUCGCCGCCACAGAAGACAGAGUGGGAUUCGCCUUACCACGGGCAUGUUUUAAAUGGAUGAGAUUCUGCUCAUCGGGGCUUGGAAAUCCAGACUAGGGACAGCAGAGCAACUUGAAUGAGAAGCUGCUCCAAGAGGGUGCAGAGUUCUGCAGCAGUUUGUAUUUCUUCUUACAUUUUUUUUUUCGCUUUUGCCUUCUCCUCACUGGAAAACAGAGACUGGCAUUUUUUUUUUUUUUUUUUAGCGGACUUUCCCCCAUAAUGGCAUUCUUGUAUUGUGUGGCCAGAUCUUGCACAGGAGGAAAGCAGGUUACCGAAUUUAGUCACUGAUCUCUAUUAGCGGUGGCCUAAGGCUAUGCUGAGGUUUAUAUCCCAUUUGUAUUGUUGCAGCUCUAAAGAAGAAUGUUCAGAGGAUGACAAGUGUAUUCUGAGUAGAUCUCUAGUGGAAGAGGAAGACCAGCACAUGAAACUGUCCCUUGGAAGCAGCGAAAUGGGCCUCUCCUCCCAUUUGCAGUCUUCCAAGGCAGGAACCACACGCAUCUUUACCAGCAAUACGCACAGCUCUGUGGUGUUACAGGGCUUUGACCAGCUUCGACUUGAAGGGUUGCUUUGUGAUGUGACCCUGAUGCCAGGCGACACAGAUGAUGCCUUCCCUGUGCAUAGAGUCAUGAUGGCAUCUGCAAGCGAUUACUUCAAGGCCAUGUUCACAGGUGGGAUGAAAGAACAAGAUCUAAUGUGCAUUAAACUCCAUGGUGUGAGCAAAGUCGGUUUAAGGAAAAUUAUUGACUUCAUUUAUACUGCAAAGCUUUCUCUUAAUAUGGACACACUUCAAGACACACUGGAAGCUGCCAGCUUUCUACAGAUUCUGCCCGUUUUGGAUUUCUGCAAAGUAUUUCUCAUAUCUGGGGUCACUUUAGACAAUUGUGUGGAGGUUGGGCGGAUUGCAAACACCUACAAUCUGACAGAAGUGGAUAAAUAUGUCAACAGUUUCGUCCUGAAGAAUUUCCCUGCGUUGCUGAGCACCGGGGAGUUCUUGAAACUCCCCUUUGAGCGUCUGGCCUUCGUGCUGUCCAGCAACAGCCUUAAGCACUGCAAUGAACUGGAGCUCUUUAAGGCUACCUGUCGUUGGCUGCGCCUGGAAGAACCCCGCAUGGACUUUGCCGCAAAACUGAUGAAGAACAUACGCUUCCCGCUGAUGACCCCGCAGGAGCUCAUUAAUUACGUGCAAACCGUCGAUUUCAUGAGAACUGACAACACUUGCGUGAAUCUCCUUUUGGAAGCCAGCAAUUACCAAAUGAUGCCGUACAUGCAGCCUGUGAUGCAGUCAGACCGAACUGCCAUUCGCUCUGAUACCACUCAUCUGGUCACCCUGGGAGGAGUGCUGAGACAGCAGCUGGUUGUCAGCAAGGAAUUGCGCAUGUAUGAUGAGAAGGCCCAUGAGUGGAAAUCGCUAGCCUCCAUGGAUGCCCCAAGGUACCAGCAUGGCAUCGCUGUCAUCGGCAAUUUCCUCUAUGUCGUCGGCGGACAGAGUAAUUACGACACGAAAGGCAAGACGGCCGUCGACACGGUCUUCAGAUUUGACCCUCGGUACAAUAAAUGGAUGCAAGUCGCAUCUUUAAAUGAAAAGCGCACCUUCUUCCACCUAAGUGCCCUCAAAGGAUACCUGUAUGCGGUUGGUGGGCGCAACGCAGCUGGUGAACUGCCUACAGUGGAAUGUUAUAACCCAAGAACAAAUGAAUGGACCUAUGUUGCCAAGAUGAAUGAACCCCACUAUGGCCAUGCUGGAACUGUGUAUGGAGGAGUAAUGUAUAUUUCAGGAGGAAUCACUCAUGACACUUUCCAGAAAGAGCUCAUGUGCUUUGACCCUGAUACCGACAAAUGGAUUCAGAAGGCACCGAUGACCACUGUCCGAGGGCUGCACUGCAUGUGUACCGUGGGAGAAAGGCUGUAUGUCAUCGGUGGCAAUCACUUUCGAGGAACAAGUGAUUAUGAUGAUGUCCUAAGCUGUGAAUACUACUCACCUAUCCUUGACCAGUGGACCCCCAUCGCUGCCAUGCUGAGAGGGCAGAGUGAUGUUGGGGUUGCAGUCUUUGAGAAUAAAAUCUAUGUGGUCGGUGGGUACUCCUGGAAUAAUCGUUGUAUGGUCGAGAUAGUGCAGAAAUACGACCCUGAUAAAGAUGAAUGGCAUAAGGUGUUUGAUCUCCCAGAAUCCCUUGGGGGCAUCCGAGCUUGCACCCUCACAGUUUUUCCACCCGAAGAAACUACACCAUCCCCUUCUAGAGAGUCCCCUCUUUCUGCACCUUAAGGUCAUCCCUACAACUAAGAUGCUGUAGUUCUAUAUCUUUGCCGUGUGUCAUAGAUUCUCUUAUCCCCUCCCCCCCUUAAGUAGUAUAUGUUAGGAUUAGCCUACAGUAAUUGAUACAGAUAUUGGGGGGGGGAUGAUAUUGAUGUUCUUUGUGCUGUUUGUUUGGCUUCGAGUGUUUAUAAAGUGGUGACAAAACCAUUCUGGCAAUUGUAUCCGUUAGAAGCUGAUGUUUAACAUAUAUGGAAAAAAAAAGAAAAAAAAACAGCCGAGGUAUUGUCUAUAAAAUGUAUCUUCAGUACUUUUUUGACGCUUGUACUGGGUGUGAGGUAUUUGUCAUCUUACAUUUGAGAACCCAAUACACCAAGUGGAAGGUGGAUUCUAGUAAAUGUGCAGCUGUGCUAACUAGGCUUCAAAGUAAAAGUGUUUCCUUUCAUCUUUUGACUGUGAGAUGUGGAAGGGAGGCAGCCGGCUCCAACAGAAAGUAGACUAAAAGUUGCCAACUAGCAUGAGCUACCUCCCUCUUUCAUAAAGUAUUUUUGACACAUCUGCCAACCCACCUACCUGUCUAUAUGGGUGCAUUGAGAACAUAUAAAGUUUCUUAGACACACAGGAGAAAUAAUAACUGCAAUUGGCCAAUAGUCAUUUCAAGAAAGAAAGAGAAAAAAAAAAAAAGCCUGCAUGGCCUCUCUACUGAUAAACAAGGACAUGGGGAUUUUUCACACCCAUACACAUACCAAACGGAAAAUUAAAAAAACUGAGUGGCACAUCAGAUAAAUGUGAAAAUUGUUCCUAAAAAUAUUUUUCCUUAAAAAUGGGAAUGCCCGUGUGUUUGAAUCAUAAUUAAUUUAGGUGGAUAAGGGCUAGAAAUUUGGGGCAACUAAAUUUUGUCAUUUGACCAGAUUUGAUUUUCCUAAAACUAUAACCUACAACUUCUCCUUUGCUGUUGAGGUAACUGACAUAUUAUCUGUAUCCUGUAUACUCUAAGUUCAUAAGGUUAUUUAGCACAAAGUAGAGCAGCUUUACCUGGUGAGCUGCUGUUGCUCAGUGAAUUCAACUUUCAUGUUUUACCUUUCUUUGUUGUUGUUGUUCAAUAAAAAAAAACAUUUAAUGUCA